UCCGUCACCUGCUGCUCAUCGCAAAACCCUAAGCCCCCUUCCCCUUCCGCUCGGCACCGCCGUGCUCGCCUGAAUUCCUUCGCUUCGCCGGAGAACAUCGAAUUCCGACCUCGUGCAGAAGCUCCGGCGGCAUCCUUCGCAUCUUCCGUUUCUCCGACGAAAUGCGAAACCUCCGAGCAUUGUGGAAUCAUCUCCGGCCGUGGCGCGCCGGCACGUCGCUGCGCUCCUUCUCCUCCGCAGAGACGUCCGGGAAUGCCGACGCGGACCGGCUCUACGACGUGAUACGGAACCUCUCGUCUCCGGCCGACCUGAAGCAGCACUUCCAGUCGAGCAACGUCGCCCCCCUGUCGAACGAGCUGGUCGAUGGCGUGCUCAAGAGGUUCAGGUUCAGCCACGGGAACCCGCUGCGGGCGCUCGAGUUCUUCCGCCACGCGAACCGCCGGAGAGGGUUCGACCACUCCGCGUUCGCCGUGGACACCAUGCUGUACAUCCUGGGGAGGAGCCGCAAGUUCGAUCUGAUCUGGGAGGUCUUGACCGAGAUGAAGAGGACGGAUCGGUCCGUGAUCACGCCGCGGAGCAUGAUGGUGGUCCUGGCCCGGGUCGCGAAGGUCUGCUCCGUGAGGCAGACCGUGGAGUCGUUCAGGAUGUUCAGGAAGUUCGUUCCCGAGUUCGACACGGCCUGCUUCAACGCGCUGCUGAGGACCUUGUGUCAGGAAAAGAGCAUGCACGACGCGAGGAAUGUUUACCACGGCCUGAAGCGCCACUUUCAGCCGAAUUUGCAGACUUUCAACAUACUCUUGUCCGGAUGGAAGUCUGCAGAAGAGGCCGAGAAUUUUUUCGCGGAAAUGAAGGAGAUGGGUGUGAAACCUGAUGUUGUUUCGUAUAAUUCUUUGGUUGAUGUGUAUUGUAAAGGUAGAGAAAUUGACAAUGCGUAUAAGGUCGUCGAGAAAAUGAGGGAAGAAGAUAUCUCGCCCGAUGUAAUCACCUAUACUAGCAUUAUCGGUGGGUUGGGGCUAAUUGGUCAGCCAGAUAAAGCUAGAGAUGUUUUGAAGGACAUGAAGGUGUAUGGGUGCUACCCGGAUGUCGCUGCGUAUAACACUGCUAUUAGAAAUUAUUGUAUUGCAAAAAGGCUUGGUGAUGCGUAUGGCUUGCUGGAUGAGAUGGAGAGUAAGGGUUUAAGUCCAAAUUCGACGACGUGCAAUCUGUUUUUUAGAGUUUUCUUUUGGUCGAACGACUUGCGGCAUUCUGAUGGCUUGUAUGUGAGGAUGAUGGAUGCUGGAUGUCUUCCCAAUACGCAGAGUUGUAUGUUUCUGGUUAAGUUAUGUAAGAGGCAGGAGAAUGUGGACUUUGCCUUAAAGCUAUGGAAUGACAUGAUCGAGAAAGGAUUCGGAUCUUACACUUUGGUAUCAGAUGUAUUAUUUGAUUUGCUCUGUGAUAUGGGGAAGUUGGCAGAAGCUGAAAAGUGUUUCCUGCAGAUGGUAGAGAAAGGUCAUAAGCCAAGUCAUGUUUCCUUUAGGAGAAUUAAGGUGCUGAUGGAAUUGGCAAAUAGGCCCGAGGCCCUCCAGAACUUGUCAGAGAAGAUGAGAGUACUUCAGCUUUAACAACAAUUUCCCGAGAAAUGUGAUUGAUGAACGAUGCUUACCUUUGCAUGCUGAAAUUUGCUGUGCUGUGUAUUGAGUUGUGUCAUGUGCCUGAUCAUUGCAUCAAAAGUAGCGGCACCAGAUGCUUGAGGAAUAACUUUGGGAAGCAUUUGAAAUAGGUAGGUUAAUUGGGUCCAUUUGUUGCUCAGCUACAUCACAGCUAAAAUUGCGGCUUCGUCCCAAGGGAAGCAAGUUUAUCGCUAUGAAUAUUAGUGCUAUUUGCAGGAUUUAAUUUCCCAGUUGAUCCUGAUUGUGUGAGUUUUCUUUCUUCACUUAAUUUAAUUAUCUGAUUUUUGCAGAGAGAAAGUUAUUAAUUUCUAUUGGACCUGGCGUGAGCAACAAUGGCUUUGUGUUUAUGAAACAAAGUGCUGGAAAUUGUUUGCUCCAAUUAAUCGGGAUUUUGUGAAUUUUCUUUUUUCACUUAAUUAUAAAUCCUAUUUUUGCCAAGAGGAAGUGAUUACUUUCUACAAACUCGACACAGUUUCCAGUUUCAUACAGCUGUUUCUUUGCCAGUGUAUGAAUAUGAGAAGCUUAUGCAGACAUGGAGUUGGAACUUGUUGGUGAGUAGAUAGCUUGUUUCUAAUGCUGUAUAAAGCUGUGAGUAUGGCGCUUGGAUUUGUUAGUUUUCCAGACUCUUAUCCUAGUUUAUUCAGGGUCAAGCUAUUUAUUUACUGUUAUCUUUGUAGCUUAUGCUCAGCUUCAACGACUGGAGAAAGGUGAAGAAUUGGCACACGAUGAAGAAUUAAUCAUCACUGCUACACUUGAGCUCGUAGAGAAGAUGACAGGACAUGAGACCUUGGAAUAGUCAUUAAUGCCAAGCUUGAUGGAUCUGUCUGGUACUUGACAAUUUUGUAAUAGUCAUACAUAGCUUUCUUAUGCCAAUAAAAAAUGUACAUUCGAUAUGGGUCAGAAAUCCAUUUUGCAGAUCGCUAGAAGUUUCUAAA